CAAAAAGCAGUAGCACAGGAAAAACGUGCAGUUGAACUUAAUAAUAACUCCUCUGCACUCACCAUACUACUCCAAAAUAAACUUAAACGCUCUAAAUCGAGAGGGAGUAUAUUCAUUAAAGGCAAACAAGUAUACGAAGAUCCCAAACUUAUCACAGAAUUAUUCAGUGAACAUUUUUGUUUCUCACUAACUAACGAAAAACCAUUUAAUGAUUCAGAACCAAUCCCAGUAACUCCCUGUGAAAUUACUAAUGUAGAAUUCAGUGUACAAAAUAUCUCCAAAGCAAUCAGUACAUUGAAAUACUCGUACACUGAUGGACCAGAUGGUAUUCCAUCUAGCAUGCUAAAACGCGGAGGUGAUGAUAUGUGUGUUUUGCUUCUCAAACUAUUCGCGAUAUCACUCUCUUCAGCGUGUUACCCUACUGCCUGGAAAACUACACAUAUCAUUCCCAAAAUUAAAACAGGACCUGAAGCAAACGUUGAAAAUUACCGGCCUAUAAACAUAACUUCAGUGGUAUCCAGAGUGAUGGAAAAAGUAGUUAAGGCGGCUGUAGUCCAACAUCUAUUAACUAACAAUCUCUUGUCGACCUCCCAGCAUGGAUUUCUUAGGUCCAGAUCAUGCGAUACAUGCCUAGUAGACUACCUGAAUGAUAUAACUCUGAAACGAGACAGCGGACUCCUUGUAUCAGUCCUAUUCCUAGACUUUAAGAAAGCCUUUGAUAAGGUCCCACACAAAAGGCUACUCGUCAAACUAAAGUCCUUCGGAAUACACAACCCACUGUACUCAUGGUUUGCUUCGUUCUUAACAGAACGUAAACAGAUGGUAAAGUACAAUGACUGUCUCUCGUCCCCUAGACCAAUCACCAGUGGAGUCAUCCAGGGAAGCGUAUUAGGGCCACUUUUGUUUCUUAUGUAUAUAAACGAUAUAUGUAACACCAUAGAAUUUGGGAAACCGUACUUAUAUGCUGAUGAUCUCAAAAUAGUAUACAGCUAUAAGCCUGAGACACUAAGCGAAAGUGUAUCCCAGAUCCAAAAGGACCUCAAUAACUUAACUAUAUGGAGUGAAAAAUGGCAAUUACCAUUUAACCUCAACAAGUGCGGGAUCAUGCACUUUGGAAAGCAUCCCUAUAAACCGCGACUUCACUUAAAUGAAUGUAUAGUCCAAACACUCGAAUCAGUACACGAUUUAGGAAUUAAUUACACAGGAAGCCUAAACUUUGAAGAACAUGCCUCCUCUAUUAUUUCUAAAUCUAGACGGCUAAUUGGUUUUAUAAUGAAAAACUUUUUCACAACGGAGAGUAAACUUACUCUCUACAAAAUAUGUGUACGACCCACCCUUGAAUACUGCUCUUUUGUCUUCUCUAAUAUGAAUAUCGCAGACAAGAUAAGAGUAGAAGAUGUUCAAAGACGUUUCACACGUCAACUACUAGGAUGUAACUCGAAUCUCGAUUACACAGACAGAUGUAAGCAUCUAUCUUUAGAACCUUUAUGGCACCGUAGGCUAAAACACAAUUUAAUAUUUCUCUACAAAGCGAUAUAUGGGCUCUCCUUUUUAACCUCCUGCCCGACUAUCACCCACGACCCAGCCUAUAGACUUAGAAACAACGCAUAUACACUACACACCGUAAAACACCAAAAGCAAAUGCGUUGUAAGUUCUUUACAGUACGGUACAGUUUAUUGUGGAACAGGCUGCCAAUGCCUAUCCGCAACUGUGAUACGUUUACCAGAUUCAAAAAGCUAAUAACCCUAUUUCUAGACUCCAAAGAGCUUCAACAUUACCUUGAACUCCCGCCCACCGAUGAGGCACUUUAUUACGGACCGCCUAGUAUCUAGAAAGAAUAGAAUUAUAACAAGUUCGACUGUUACUAAUCUGAAUAUAACCAAAUCACAGGAUAUAUGGAUUAUCCUUUCCUAUUAUUCAUUGUUUAUUAAUCAUGAUUUCAUGCUCCUAACACUAGCUUUCAGUCCCCAAAUCUCUACAGGUUAAAUGUACAUUAUUCUUCCUAAAAGUCAUGCUUUUUUUUCUACUGCAAGUAGACAGAUAGCUCAAUCUUAUGGAUGCUGAUCUACUAAGGCCGAUCAUUCAAAGCUCAAAAUUUGGCCACAAAGUCUUGUGAGUUUCUCAAUGUUUUAUUUUUCUCACCCUAAAAUCGUUUUCUUUUUUUCUACAAUUUUAUACCCUCUCAUAUCUUUUGAUUUACUAUUAAUCCUUACUUCUUUAAACCAUUAGUUAUUUUCAUAACAGUGUGAUAUACUAUAUGGACAUCUAACCCAUAAAACAGAAUUUUUAAAUAUCUGAUUUGCUUGUAACAUGGACCUAGUAGAGACAGUGUAUUCCAACUAUGUGCUUUGAUUAAAGCAUUAAUCAUACUUACCACAAACGUAAGAGAGCCUAACAUCACAAAAGGAGGGAGGGUGGCGUUACUGACCAGCAAACAUGAAGGUGGGGAGAUAACUUCAAUCCACCCAUGUCUGUAGGGCAGAACAUUUUGUUUAAUUAUGGCUCCUUAUGGUUUUGUGGGAUGUCACGGACUUAAGGUAUUGAAGCUGAUCUAUCACGCAAAAUACCUCUUUAAAUCGUGUUACGAACGUUGAAUUGGUUUCACUUCCUACUCAGAAAUCCUAUUACAAGCAAACUAGACAAUUCGCUAAUAUACGAAGCCUACUCAAGACCCUACAAAACCUG